AUGGUGGCGGCCAGCAUAGGGGCGGUGGAGGCGCUCAAAUACCAAGGGGUGUGCCGGUGGAAUCACAUCAUGAGAUCAAUCCACCACCACACCAACUCCAAACUCAGAUCCCUCGUCUCUCAUCGGUGGAGCUGCGAGGAAAACAGAGGCCUCGUUUGA